GUUCUAACUGUGUUUGCUGUCAGUGUAUUGUGUGAAAGGUCUACUGUAGGAUAAGAGGCAGAUGUGCUGUGUUGUUACAGGUGAUGGCUGUCGGCACUGGGAGCGUCACUGCGGGGCGAUGGAGUCUCGUGCUCAGUGGGCCGCCAAACUGCUGCAGGAGUUUCAGAGGAGGAUGGAGGAUCUGGGCAUCCCUGGACCUCACUCAGAGCCAAAUGUGUCCGCUAAAGACUCUCCAGCCAAAAAAAUCAAGGAUGGAGAAUCACUGCCCAAUUUCAGUCCUGAACGGACUCCGACCUCCCGGCGGACUUCAGCAGCCGCCCCGUCCUCAGGAACUCCGCUGAAGAGACUUCGCUCCAGCUGUAUGGUGAUCCGUGUGGACGACCUGGACAUCCAUCAGGUCUGA